AUGUCUCCAGGCAUGUCCUUGACAAUCCCGUAUGAGCCUGCAAGCGGUCCAAAGAGAACAAGCUUGGGAAGCGAUGUCCAGCAGAUGGUGAGGCAGAAAGGUCCGUUCCAUACCAUUACGGAAGACAGACUACUGGAGGAAUUCAACGCGCCUCAAGAUGAAGAUGUUGAUUCUGAGCAGGAGGAUGAAACCUCUGUGGAAGGGCACCAGGCAACGCUGGAGAGGCUGUUCAAGGUCAAAAUGGAAAUGUUGCAGCAGAUUGGCCAGGUUCAACAGGAGUUGUUGACAUUAAUUGAUGGAAUGUCUCUUGUCGUAGCUGCUAAUUCAAGAUUGGGCCGCUCUGCCAUGUCUCCAGCAUUGAGAGACGCAGUGCCUGUUGGUUCUGGAGCCACAAGGAAGAUUGAGCGGAAGAGGGUGCCGAAGGAGGUGGUUUCCAAGUUGAUGGACGUAUCUACCAUUUACCGCGCCCAGGCACUCGAAUCUGCAUCUCAAAGUCUCUCGAAGGCGGCAGACCGUCUGGAGACAGAAGCACAACGCCAGGCCAAGUAUUGGCAGCAGUUGGCCAGCCUCAGAGCUAGAGGCUGGCCUAUCAGUCGACUUCCCAACAACAACCGUGUCCUGGUUGUGCAUUUCGGUACUGCUGAAUCAGGGCCUACAUAUCUCAACAGAGGCAUCGUCAUGCUUCAUCAAGACGCAGAAGGUAAUCUAGUCCUUCCUGGUCAGCUUGAGGCUCGCACCCAAAAGGUGUUGUCAGUCACUAUCUAUCGGAAGAAUAUCGUUACAGAGAAAGACUUGCUACAUACUCGAGAGUCAUUGUUCCAGGAUGAGCUGUUCACUGAAGCAGCCAAGGAAGCUCGGCUUAUUGCGAACAUGGACGUAAAGAGUCGCUCCUCUUCAAUCGAUCUACAGCUCUCGGCAGACUGCUCCGUCAACAUAUCCUACACGACCAGACCAGAAGAUCUUCAGCACGAUUCGCAGGCAGACCGUGACUUGGCAUGUCUAGUCGCGUAUGGUCUGCGGUUAAUGCUCGUUACGGAGCACGAACACAGGCACAUACAACGUUCACAACAAAAGCCUCCGCCGUUGGCUCCAGGCUCGCGUCCUGCUCCCGAGUACGCCCUACUACGACCAAUCUUCGCACAACUUCGUCACCACGACAGGCUAUCGGGCCUAUUGGCCACCGUUCGUGCCUAUCAAGUAUCGCUCAAGGUUGCAGGACUUAAUCUAUCUUUUGACAUAGAGACACAAAAUGCUAUCGAAGGCUAUCAAUUGAAUCUGCACGCUCUUCGCAGGAUGGUGGCCACUGAGCUCAAGGUCUCGCUACCGUCCGGCAAGUUCUUGACCAUCAAGAUAGAGACACAUCUUGCCCCGCCGCUGUUCGGCACACAGUAUUCUUCAACGACAUACGAAAGCAUUUGCGGACCCAGAUCGUGUGCUCAGACAUCGUCUAUGGGUGACAUGACAGGUUUUCUGGAAGAUGUCCUCGCAAAGGAUGUUGUUUCUAUGCUUUUGGAUGAGCAGCGAGCUGGAUCCUGGCAGGUAUACCGCGAUUGUCCUCUCGUGCUGAGCAUUGCAGGGCGGCAGCAGACUACGACCACAAUCUUUGUGACUUGUGGCCAAGGCAGAUUAGCUCUGUCACGGCUGCAAAGAGGCAGCACGUCCAAAGAAAGGGUACAAUGGGAUCAGCACGGUGCUCAUUUCAUAGGUGAAGACCGAAAAGGAGAAGAUGUGGAGCCAACCUUGAUAGAUAUAGCCGCUUCUUGGGCUUCAAGAUCGUGA